AUGGAACAUAAAAAUGGAACUGUGGUGACUGAAUUUAUUUUGCUAGGAUUUUCUGGACGAUGGGAACUUCACAUUUUCUUCUUUGUGACGUUUUCCUUGAUCUACAGUGCCACUGUGUUGGGGAACAUUCUCAUUAUGGUCACGGUGACAUUCAGCUACCCCCUUCAUUCUCCUAUGUACUUUCUUCUGGGGAACCUCUCUUUUCUGGACAUGUGUCUCUCCACGGCCACAACCCCCAAAAUGAUCACAGACUUGCUCACUGAACACAAGACCAUCUCCUUGGGGGGCUGCAUGGCUCAAAUGUUCUUCAUGCACUUCUUUGGGGGUGCAGAGAUGUCUCUUUUGAUAGUCAUGGCCUUUGACAGGUAUGUAGCCAUAUGCAAACCCUUGCACUACAGGACAAUCAUGAACCAUAGGUUGUUGAAUAGGUUUGUGAUUCUUUCAUGGGUAGUUGGUUUUAUACACACCAUGAGCCAGAUGGUAUUAACUGUGAACCUACCUUUCUGUGGCCACAAUGUCAUAGACAGCAUAUUUUGUGACCUCCCCCUUGUCAUCAGGCUUGCUUGUGUGGAAACAUACACCCUGGAACUAUUCGUUAUUGCGGACAGUGGGCUGCUCUCCUUUAUCUGUUUCAUCCUGUUGCUUUUCUCUUACACUAUCAUUCUGGUCACUGUACAGAAAAAAUCUUCUGGAGGGCUUUCCAAAGCUCUGUCCACACUGUCUGCCCACAUCAUUGUGGUCACUCUGUUCUUUGGACCUUGCAUCUUUAUCUAUGCCUGGCCAUUUGGUAGCUUUGCAAGCAAUAAAACCCUUGCUGUCUUUUACACUGUAAUCACACCCUUACUGAAUCCUAUUAUAUACACCCUGAGAAAUCAGAAAAUGCAAGUGGCCAUGAGAAAACUGCGAUUCCAACACGUUAGCUCCACACAGAACUUCUAGAUUUCAGAACUAUAUAGCUAAUACAACUUUCAAAUACUGCGGUAGGAUAACAUGAAUAGAUAUUUUAUAUAAGGUAUCAUUACUUUAAAUUGAGAUAAAGCUGCUGUAGUACUUUUUUUUUUUUUUUUGACAGACAGAGUGGACAGUGAGAGAGAGAGACAGAGAGAAAGGUCUUCCUUUUGCCAUUGGUUCACCCUCCAAAAGCCGCCGCGGCCGAUGCGCUGCAGCCAGCGCACCGCGCUGAUCCGAAGGCAGGAGCCAGGUGCUUCUCCUGGUCUCCCAUGGGGUGCAGGGCCCAAGCACUUGGGCCAUCUUCCACUGCACUCCCUGGCCACAGCAGAGAGCUGGCC